AUGAAUGACUUAAAGCCAGAAGACCAAAAGAAUGCAAACACCAAAGAAAACCAACUUGACGAAAAUAUCAAAUCUGAUAUAAAGAAAAACAGUGGCCAUGACACAAGUUCUGUUGGGGAUGUCAUGGGGAAUAGUAAAAAAGAAGACAAAGAAAAGGAAUAUUUUCCCGGUUACAAGGGAAAGAGAAUGACUGUUGUUUUUCAUGCUGUACUUGCACCUCAUUUUAAAUUUGAGGAGAGUCAAGGUGACAGACUCUAUAUGAGGUUUGGUGAACCUGCUCUUGGAGACUUUAAAGAAGAUGUUGUUGAAGUGUUUCCACAAAGGUAAGUUUAUGUAAAUUUUUUCAAGAUGGUGAAAGUAAUAUGAUGAUCGCGGCUUCAUCAUAUGUGCAAGGUCAAUUUUGUCUGCACUACUUUUCGUUUCAGGGAAAGUUGUUGGAACAAUGAUUAUAAAUUUUGUAGAUUUUAUUUAUAUCUGAGUUGAAAAAUGUUAUAAUUAUACGCAGUAUAACCUUUGCCAAGUGUACUAUUAUACUGCAGUGAUUCUUUCCAGAUCAACCUUCGAUACAUGAAGGAGAAAGAAUGCUGUGUUUUGGAUGAUCACCUUUCUUUUUUCUUGAACUGUGAUCAAAUGCAAUGAAAUAAAUAAAAAAAUAAAUCGGUCGAACUUGGUAUUAAAAGUUUGAUGCUGGUGUUUGAAGUAAUAUGUCAUUUGUGACCAUUUUCAGUUCAUGCAAAGUUGAGAUGAGCCUUGCAGCUGCCUCAUUUCUCAGUUAACGGGCCAAGUCAUUUCGAUACAGUUUUAUUUCGACAUAAUUUAAUUCUAAGUGGCUGUGAAGAGACAGCUUACUCUGGUUUCUUUCACUACAAGGGGGCCUUCAGGUUUUCCUGAGUGACUCUAUGAAAUGUUCAAACAAACUACAAAUUUGUUUCUUGUAAAUAACGACACAGACUAGAAAUGUUGUACUGUAGCAUUUAUGGUUCCAGUUGCACGUACUGACAGUUUAACUUGGAUUUACAGAUAUCUUGAUGAUGGUUUUAUCCUGGUGAAAGCCGAGCUCUCGGUACCACACAUUUUUCUAGCUCGUAAAAUUCCCUACAAGUAUGUUGUAUUCAAAGAAAAACGAAAAGAUUUAAAGGAGAAAGAGAAGCCUUUGUGGGAACAGUUACCUAACUUGGGAACUAUGACGAACCGAUGUCUUCAUAUUCCGCAGGACAGAUGUCGUCAGGGAGGUACUUUCAUGGCUUUUUCCAUAACUCUCAUUUGGGGCGUAUUUUAAGCGAGCUACCGCUCAUUACUUCGCGAAAUGCGUGACCGUCAUCUUAGAUUCUCAACUCAGAAGAAGGGUUAGAAAAGAAUUAAUUUCCACUGAGGGGGUGAUCGAUAGCCGAAAGGAAGGAGGAGGGAUGGCCUUUUCCGUACCCGUUUUAUGCCCACUUUCGCCUGAAUCAAACAUCGCGCAAGGCAGGAAAAUUUAUAAGAAGGCAGUAACAUCAACUUGCGCUCCCAGAAUAUGAGCUAAUAAAACAGGCUAAUUUUCCACUGGUCAGCUUAUGAUUAUGUAGAAGCACUGCCAAUUAAAUUAAGGUAAAGCUCCUAAUUACUGCUUUGCAUCUACUCUUGUUUAGCGUUCUGGCACCAAUGUGAUGACACUAUUUUCAGUUCACGAAGUUGGUGGCAAAGUAUUCGUAGCAAGCUGCCAAUUUUAAAGGGCAUGGAUCCCACUGAGGGAAGGAACAUAGCAACUCGAGUCAUGUUGCCUAAGUGGGAGGGUUUUACGGUGGAUGACGUGGAGGAGAAUAUUACUGCUUGGCAAGCUAUUCAGACAGUCAAUGAUAUAGCUUACUGCUACACUCAAACCGAGGCUAUGGAAAAGAGCCGCACCACAAAAAAUGUUCCACAUCGUUAUGAUUUUCAACAGGUAAUGUUCAAUUAACUAAAUUCUGAGAAGAAUGUUUCAUCUCACACACUGAAUACCCUCUGUCUGCUACUCAGAGAAUGCAACACUUUGCCAAUACUUAAGCGAUGUACUAUUGUUUUUAAGGAAAGGAUGCCAUUUGGAAUUUUAAAAGCUUCUACACAGUAACAUUUGGCAUUUCCUCAAAAUUUUUAACACCCUUGGGAAACGCUUAGUAAGAUUUAUCGCUUGUCACUUAGAAAAAGGUAUCGUUACUUUUGGGUUAAUGUUUUCCCAGACCAGGUCGAGGUUUAGUCCAAGUUUGAAAUUUUCACAUAACCCACAAAAUCGAUACUCGUGAAGGUGGGAUGCCAUUAUAAAUUGGUUACAGAUGUUAGAGCAGUAUUCCAUGUGAGAUGAAGAGGAGAUUUUAUUGAUGAAUCAUUCGAAACAACUGUCGUGUGUCUGUAGCUCACAAGAGAAGGUAAUGUAAGGAUUCGUUAUGCUGCACAUAACUCGUGGGGGUUGGAAGCCUACUUUGUACAGCACGAGCAAUUUAUAAACCACUUUUGCGACUUGUUAGUCUGUGGAAUCUGAUAGAAAAAAUUAUAGUGGAAACUGUCAGAUUGAUAGUGCUUCCAAUAAACAAAUUGAGAGUGGAAACAACAUUGCCGUUUAUUCACUCAAAGAAACUACAUAUAAGGAUGCACACCUCUGAUUUGUUGUUGUACUUUGCGAUGAUUCAAAAUUACGUUUUGGAAUAAGAAAUGCAACCUUUAGUCAUAAACUCCAUCGAGGAAACUUCGAAUUCAGGUCCAAUCUAACAAACUAACGUUAGUUUCUAUUUGUUUAUAAUUACAGAUUCUGAAAGAAUUUUUCAAAACGAGGAUCGAGACAAAUGAUGUUCCUCAAUCAGAUUCAGACGACAAGAAAACGUUUCAUCCGUUGGUGUCAUCCGUUGCUAUUGCUUAUAUCAUUUAUACACAUAAAGUGUAUCUUGAUCCUCAACAAUACGGAAAGCUGUUCGCUUCUUUGAUUCUGCACCCAGACCCUGGAGGAAAAAGGUGUACAGGAUUGGAAAGGAUUCUUAAAGAAUUUCCCAUGGAUCAGUUGCAGUAAGUUCGUUUUCUUUCACGGUUAACAAUUUUAUUUGAGAACAAGAAAGAUUCGAUUGACUUUUUUUUUUUUACAGUUUUUCAAAUUUUAACUUAACGCAAUAAACACAUAUGAAGAUAGAGGUUAACAGAUCGUUUUUAUGGCAGGUGUGAUAAGAUCAAUCAUGUUUGCCGAUGCCAAGAAACCAUUAGAAUAGUAGACUUGUUAAGGCAGUUUUGCAAACAUGGAGUAGAUCACACAAAAUACAGUUAUGUUCUUUAAAAUAUCCAGAAGCCUUGGUGAAGCCAUUCAGGCCAUUUGCAAACAUGUCGCCAAGAAUCACCGUGACCAUCAUGAAUGGCUCUUCGCCGUACCGUUGGUUCACUUUCUGACCCAAGUAUCCCAGCCUUUCAGCGGUUCUGUGUUACUUAUGGAGGAACCAAAGGAAAAAGACGACACUUGGUGGGGAGCAAAUGGAUUUGACACGAAGUCCGUCAGGGAGAGAAGUUUUACAGAGCGCAGGUAUUGACCUUUAAUAUGCCAAGUAUAGUGUUUCCUGGUUGAUUAACUAUGCAAAAAGGGUGUACACAGUACAUAUACGGCGAUAAGUCGGUGUUUGCUUUAGCGCUUUGGUUAUAUAAUUGAUUUAUUUUUUGAUUUGUAAAUCAUGCACUGUAGUUUCUGGCCUUUAUUCCCAAAUCGUCGGUUACUUUGCUUUGUACAGUAACUUUUCAGAUGCCACCUUAAGUAGACAUCUUGACAAAUAUAGCUUCUAGUAAGGAACGCACGGAGGAUUCGCUCGCAUAAAAUGUUUUUUUUCAAAAUGGAGGAAAGAAGUCUUAGCCUCUCCCUCAGGUAUUCUCUCUUUAAGAAAUCGGCCAUGUAUAGAUAAUAAACGAUUCACAUCAAGUGUAACAUAUGCUUGUUUCACUUCGUUUUAGCUGCCCCUCAAGACUUACAAAAGUGCUUUCCCCUAUGUUUGAACUGGAUCCUCUGUUCCGAAGGACUUUCCUUCUUGUAGUUCCUUGUCGUAUAUUCAAUAAAAUUGCUUCCAGUGGAAAGUUUGCUCCUGUUGAAAUAUAUACUACCCUCGCUAGAACCUUGUCCGAAAAGGUUUACGUAACUGAAGAAGAGGUGAUGCUUAACUAUAUGUUAAUUUGUGUUAACCCAGUUUGAGAUGCAUGGCUGUUUGCUUACUAAAAUAGGCACAAUUUCGUUGUCAUUACGACCGAGUGAUUUGCACAGAAGUGGCCUUGUCCUAUCAUUAACCGAGUAUUUAAGAUAUUAUAUAUUCACAUUCAGCGAGAGGAAUUUACAGAGUGAGAUUUUGUUUCUUGUCUGGUUGUUUGUUUAUUUUGUUUGUUAUUGUUUAUUUCCACUUGUUUGACUUUUAAUCUAAGGCUAAGUUAUAAGACUGGAGCUAUCUCGUGGAUAAAAAUAUGGUGCUUUGUCGCGAAAAAAGAUUGAUUAAAACAGAGCAGCUAAGCUAAGGAAAGGUUUAGUCGGUGCAAAAUAGUGCUGUUUGUAGUGAUCGAUAGAAAUUGCUUUUGUUAUUUCAGUGAGUUCGUUUGCAUUUAAAUUAACAUAUUUUGGACUAGGAAAGCUUAUGACAGCAGUGCUUUUUUAAAAUAUCUGUCACUUCAUUUUUUCCUGUUUUUUCUUUAUGUACAGAUGAAUGCCGUCAACACUAGCCUUGCUGUAAUUUUGGAGGAUGUCAAGAAAACUAUCAAAUCUAUAGACACAGGGUUAGUAUACAAUUUAACAUAACGUCUAAUUUUAUAGUAGUGGGUGUAGCCUGCAGAGCAUGCGUAAUUUAGGCUAGCGAGUGCUAAGUAAUUUCAUAACAAAUAUUACGGCCGCCAUCUUUGAUUUUGAUGGCAGCGAAAGGCUGGGGGGAGGAAAAUUUAUACCAAGGGGGCGGUCGACGGUCAAAAAUAAGGAGAGGGGUGGGGGUAGGGGAGUGAAGAUUACGCCUGCCCGAAGUCAUAGUUAUUUUGCCACACUCCGUUAGCCCACGAACGGAGUUCCUGAUUGGUUCGAUUAAGCUGCAGCUGUCAAUCUGGAGACAUACAUACCCCCAAAUGAUUUAAACGUGUCAAGUCGUCAUGUUUAACACCACUGUGAUGGUUGAAAUUCGGUAGUGCACUGCAGAGGCUUUGGCGUUUCUUAAGCGUGCUAGCGUUGCUGUCGUUAAAGCAAGGGAGUUUAUCUCUGGGACGCACUCUUUGAAAGCAUUCUGCGAUAAACCACUUGCACCUCGAACGCAGUCAAACCAGAGGGGACAGAAAAUUCUCACCUCUUUCAUGAAAUUUUGUUCGAGAAACUAGCGAGCUCGUCCGGAUUACGCGCCUCCAAUAUGCAUCCAGAUUUCAAGUAUUCGCCAAACUCGAGCGACACUAGCUUGGAGAUUUCCUUAUAUAGUUCUGGCUUAAUUUAUUCUUGCAUGAAAAGCGCAUUAAUCACUUCUCUCCAUUGUUUGGUAGCAACGUUCUUCACCAAUGUUUUUGUUUGGGAAUCUCUGGGAAUUCUUACAGUCACGUUUCUAGACGGAUUCAUGAACACGAUUUUUACACCAUCGUUUGGAAGACCUUCCACAUUCAUCUGACUAAGCAUCUCGCUUUCCUGUAUCCACAAGGCAGACGAGGUAUUCACUGCUUUUUCAAAGGCGAGAGACUUUUUCGAUCGCACGAGAGGAGGAACUUCCCUCAACGGAGUCCUGCCAAUCGGAGAACGAACAUGUACAGAUUUUGAUUUCCUCCACGGUGGACUAGCUUUAUCUGGCGUGUCAAGGUUUCUUUUGCUAGUUUUCACUGGAGUAGACGUCGUUGUAGUUGCGUUCUUGACAAAGUGGUACAAUUGGCCUAAAUUCCGAAUCUUACGGCCACAUUGGUGGCAAACACGAUCUGAAAAUCUCGAGCUAUCUUGCACUAAGGAAAAUCCAACUUGAAGAACAAUUUCGCUCAAAACAACUCCAAAGCACUUCCGUUUCGAAGGUUUGAAAAUAUUUUCUGAUGAAGAGCGGCUUUGCUUGGGGAGAUUUCCGAACUGAAUUUUGAAGGAAACUCUCAAAGCCUACAGUUGUCACUCGCACUCUUAUCGGACAUCACGCACUAUAUGUAGCUGGAUAUGACGGCUCGGCUCCACGUGUGUUUGUUUUUUGCCGAAAGUCAUCGUCAAAGACUUUAAAAUAAACUCAUUUUUAUUGGUUACCUUCUUAUUUCAGGAAAGGAAGUGAAGCGCAACUAAUCAGGGGGCAUAUGGCAUUUUAACAGCCUCUUCGGGCAGGCGUCUUUUCUCCCCUCCCCCUCCCCCGCCCCCUACCCCCACCGUCCACUCUAACUGAAAAUCAAAAAUGGCCGGGCGAACAAACGAUCGCGACCUUUUAGUGUUAACGUUAGCUCGCACUAACAAGACGCCUGCACUGCAGGCUAUAGCAGGUGAAGAUAUUUUCGAGUUUUCGAUGUGGACUUCGAAGGCACUUAGUCCUUCCGUAUUAGUGACACGAUUGAGAGGCCGUGUAACACUUCAUAUGAGAUACAGUUUGACCUGCUCUUUAACCAGUUUGAACAUUCAUUCGCCAAAAAUGUCACGUAGAAUCUCAACUGAAACUUCUAAAACAGCAGAUAAUGUUCCAGUGACUCAAAUUUAUAGAACUUUCUCAGAACUGAUGUUUUAAUGAUUCCAUCGAAAUUAAAUCACGAAUAUAUACCAUGAGAAUUGAAAUAAAAGGUGCAAGUGAAUUAUAAACAAAAGUGAGAAAAUAGUGAAAAAUAAAUACAAAUACAUGUGAUAGUGUAGUCUGAUCGUUCGGGUGAGUGUAGUUCUGCAAAGGACUGUUGUCUUUGAUGAUGACUGCCCUUUCGACAACCUGAACGGAAAUCAUCAUCGGAGUCAAAUGAGAAGUUGUUGUCAGUCCAAUGGUCUGAUUGGUCAGUUUUGUCGUGAUGUUAUUGGCUGUAAGACUCAAGUGGCGUAGGUCGGUCGUGAUUGGUCUGGUACUGCUUUAGUCACUAGGCCAAUUUAAUCAUAGUUAAUUGCUCUUUUAGCUUAUUUUGAUAUGCAUUUUGCAAUUUUUAGAUCCAUGCUUUUUUGCGUGUACUGCGUUCUUUUUCGGUUUCCUAACAUGAUCAUUUUGGAAAAAUAGCUAGUUACUCGUACCAAGUGCUGUGCUCUCUAGAAUCACUUAUGUAUAACAUAAAAAUAUUACGUUUUUUACGCACAAAUGAACUAUCACCGCGAAAGACUGUCAUAAAUAGCCAUGUUUUUGGAAAAAUUGAUCCAUAAUGAUAGAUUCAUAAUAAUAUAAAGAUAAAUAUGUGACUAAACGAUCCUGAAAAAUUAAAAGGGAAAACCUAUGAAAUGAGCUUACUUUGGAGAUGCGUUUAUCGCUAAUAAUACUUGAUAAGUAUAAUGAUUUGUUUUGGGCGUGUGUUUUUGCCUUGAUUAAUUUUUGGUUUCUGAGAUGAGGAAUUUCACAGUUAGUGUCAUCCUGAGUAGUUAUCUUUUUA